GAAGUACGCAGUAGUUAGUAUGCGGUUUUGAACACAGCCAUUGACUGUAUGUUAGCUAGCUAGCAGGCUCAUUUUGUUUGUCUCCAUGUUAGCUAGCUAGCUACUUCCUGGUUCAUGGAGAAUGAAAAAAUAUAAUAUAUUGCAAUAGAGUGGAAAAAACACAUGAACUACAACUUUUUGUUUGCAUUUCAAUCUGUAUGUUAGCUUGCAGGCUACUUCCUGGUUCAUGGAGAAUGACAAAAGAAGGAAGGAGUCAAUACAGCGAUGUGCAUGACUGCUGCAGCGAAGAAGGUGCGGUGACGGUGGUCCGUGUUCGGGAGGAAGAUUACCAGGAUGAAAAUGCUCAUUUAGGCACACAUGCUGACUUGUGGCAGAGGCCAAGUGUGGAGAGGGGAACUGAAGCAGCAGAGAGAGGCGAUGUGCCAGCCCCACGACUCUUCAUGCUCAUGGCUGGCCUGAAACCUGAACAUCUUUAUGGACCCCAGCGCCUCAUCUUUUCCUCUGUAGGAUGCAUCCCUAAACUGGAAUGUAACAGCGAGUGUAGUCAAAGCAAAACACGCCCAUGCACUGUUUAGGGAUCGGGAGUAAUUAAUAAAUAACUGUGAAUAUUAGCACAUAUGUCCUGGAAAAGCGACAUCGUAUUGUAGACAGCGUUCCGAUCAUCCUACAUGGAUGAUGUAGGAAUUCCAGCCCUAGUGACACAUCCUCGUAGCUGCGAUGGCCAAUACCUCCCCUCCAGACAAGGAUCAGCCCCUCCUGCAGCACCAGGAGGUGGACUACAGUCGCAUGGGCUGUCGUGUCCUGUCCCCCAUCCUCAGCGUGCCCUCCCCCGGUCUGUCCCUCGAAAACAGCCAGCCCAUCUGUAUCCCCUCCCCUUACACCGACCUCAGCCAUGACUUUACCACCAUCCCUUUCUACAGUCCGACUAUCUUCUACGCCGGACCGGGUCUUUCAGACUGCUCCUCUGUUCAUCAGUCCCUCAGGCCCUCCUUAUUCUGGCCGGGCCAUGGCCACGUGGGCCCGCCCGGAUCGCUGCACCCCUCCCAGGUACGCCCUCAGCACAGCCAGUCUGUCCAGAGUCCAUGGGUGGAGCUGUCACCAGGGGAAAGAGACUUGACUACCAGCAAGAGGAGAAGUUCCCAGGAUAGCGAAGAAGGUGUCGGGUCUUCGGGUGGAAAAGCUGACCUUCACUUCUGUGCCGUCUGCCAUGACUAUGCUUCUGGCUACCAUUAUGGUGUGUGGUCUUGUGAAGGGUGUAAAGCCUUCUUCAAAAGGAGCAUACAAGGUCACAACGACUACAUCUGCCCAGCAACUAAUCAGUGCACCAUCGACAAGAACCGCCGUAAGAGCUGUCAAGCGUGUCGCCUCCGUAAAUGCUAUGAAGCUGGCAUGACCAAAUGUGGCAUGCGGAAGGAGCGUGGAAGCUACAGGAACCAACAGAAGAGGCGAGUGAGCGCUUUGUCUUCUCACAGCAGGACUCAUGCAGGAACGGAGCUAGCCGAACCAGCGGUGGGUGGUGCCAUCACAGAACUCAACCCGUCUCCGCUGACCCCAGAGCAGCUGAUAGGGCGAAUCAUGGAAGCAGAGCCACCUGAGAUAUACCUGAUGAAGGAUAUGAGGAGGCCCCUGACUGAAGCCAAUGUCAUGAUGUCUUUGACCAACCUUGCCGAUAAGGAACUGGUUCACAUGAUCACCUGGGCUAAGAAGAUCCCAGGGUUUGUGGAGCUUGGACUGCUAGACCAGGUACACUUGUUGGAGUGCUGCUGGCUGGAGGUGCUGAUGAUAGGACUGAUGUGGAGGUCGGUCAACCACCCAGGGAAGCUUAUCUUUUCCCCGGACCUCAGCCUGAGCAGAGAAGAGGGCAGCUGCGUGCAAGGCUUUGUGGAAAUCUUUGACAUGCUCGUCGCCGCCACGUCCAGAGUGAGGGAGCUCAAGCUACAGCGAGAGGAGUACGUCUGCCUCAAGGCCAUGAUCCUCCUUAACUCCAACAUGUGCCUCGCCUCCUCAGAGGGCGGCGAUGAGCUGCAGAGUCGCUCCAAGCUGCUGCGUCUUCUCGACGGCGUCACCGACGCUCUGGUGUGGGCCAUCGCCAAAACUGGCCUCACGUUCCGCCAGCAGUACACCCGCCUGGCACACCUGCUCAUGCUGCUCUCGCACAUCCGCCAUGUCAGCAACAAGGGCAUGGACCAUCUCCACUGCAUGAAGAUGAAGAACAUGGUGCCUUUGUAUGACCUGCUGCUGGAGAUGCUGGACGCUCACAUCAUGCACAGCUCCCGCCUUCCCAACAGGAGCCAGCAGCAGCCGGAGCAGGAGCAGGAGCAGGAGCAGGAGCAGGAGCCCUCAGACCAAAAGGAGGUUCCCGCCAAGCUGGAGGGCUCCUGUAGCACCUCCUCUAAGGAAGGUGGUGCUCAGUAGCCAGCAGAGCACUUCUCGGCUUUAAACGCAUCCAUGCAAUGACUUUGUAUGACCUUGCCCUAAAGUAGAUGAAAAAAAAAGACAGUGAUGACAUGUUUUAUGUAAAAGCUCAAGCUUUUCUUUGCACACACGGUUUUAAAUCAUCCACGGACGAACUCCUGCAGUAUUUAAUGACUUCAAGUCCAACUAGUUCCACUGGUUCUCACUCUUAGAAGAUGAUCAACAAUAUUGACAAUAACAACAUCAUAUUCACGUCAAUUUUUUUUACAGUGAACGAAAACACCGAAAUAAACAUCAAAGUUUGCCUGGAGGCGGUGCCUUAAACCUUGCUAUUCACAGCAAUGAAAACAAACAAUUGCACUCAACACAUGCCUUAACCUUCUAAUUUAUAGACAUAAGAGGAAAAGGUGCAUAUUGGAAAUGAUCCAAUUAUAGCAGGGGUGUCCAAAGUGUUCUUGGCCUUUGGCACAUUUUUCAAAAUACAAGAAAACUACAAAAAAUAGAAAUUUUUUGUCAUAAUAUUAAGACCGGCGGUCGAGUGGUUAGCGCGCAGACCUCACUGCUAGGAGACCAGGGUUCAAUUCCACCCUCGGCCAUCUCUGUGUGGAGUUUGCAUGUUCUCCCCAUGCAUGCGUGGGUACUCCGGUUUCCUCCCACAUUCCAAAAACAUGCUAGUUUAAUUGGAGACUCCAAACUGUCCAUAGGUAUGAAUGUGAGUGUGAAUGGUUGUUUGUCUAUAUAUGCCCUGUGAUUGGCUGGCCUCUUGCACGAAGACAGCUGGGAUAGGCUCCAGCACCCCCGCGACCCUCGUGAGGAAAAAGCGGUAGAAAAUGAAUGAAUGAAUGAAUGAAUAAUAUUAAGACAGUAGAAAGACUAAAAAUGUCAGAAUAUUAUAAAAUAAGAUAUUAUAAACAACAAAACAAAUAAAUGUGCAAUGAAAAAAAAUUUGAUUGGGUAAAAGUUCAAGUAUUAUGAGCAUGAAGACAUCCUAUUCAGAGGAAACAAUUUGAAAAUAAAGUAGAAGUGUACAUAUGGACAUGGGUUGACUUUUAACAUGUAGCAGUGGCCCUUGGUGGAAAAAACAUUUGGACACCCCUCAAUAGGGUUCAUUGGAAGUAGGCGAUAACGGCAGAGAGGCUGCUGAAAAACUCAUAUGAGCACAUGGUCAUUUAUUAUUACUGUUACUAACAGAGCAGCAACAGAACCAAUGUUGGAACAGCAAACCGCUUAGUCAGCAUUAAUAGCGCUGAUGAAGCCAUUGUAAACAACAAACAGUAAAGUACAGCAUGUGUUCAACACCAGCUUUUAAAGCACAUGCAGACAUAGAUAAAACUGCUGGAUGCUGAGCAUGUAUGAGGCUUCAUCAAGAUCAACCUUUACAGCCAGUACUGAAAGUGCCUUAACCUGCAUUUUAAUCCUAAUGGCCAGCAGAGGGCGAUGUUGUUGGCUCUGGUAGACACAAGUUACCGCACUGACCCGAAUAUAAGACAACGCCUCCUUUCAAAAUAUUUUUUUUGUAAAUUUUUUUGUCAAAAUUUUUUGUCAAACUUGCCCCUAGCAAGGGGGUGUCCAAACUUUUUCCAGCGAGGGCCACAAAGUGAAAAACUAAAGUAUGCAAUGGCCACUUUGAUAUUUUGUAAAGCAACACGUGUGCUGUAAGAUAUGCUACGAGGUUGCGUAUCAUUUAAGAAAAAAUCUGCAUCUCAUCUUUCCUUUUUUGCUGUUUUUUCCCCCCAAUAAUCCAAAAAUGUUAGCAUACAUUUUCCAAACUUUUUUGUAAUAUUAUCACUUACUUCCCAUAAUAUUAUAACAUUUUCCACAAACUAAUUUAUUAAAGAUAACUUCUGGUAAUAUUAUGACUUUAAAAACAAUAUUUUUUUUCUUUAAUAGUUCAACUUUAUGCUAAUCAAAUGUUAGUUUUCCUCAUAUUAUUAUGUUAUUCUCAUAAAAUUAUUUUCCCAUUUUUUCGUCCUAAUAUUUUGACUUUAUUCUAAAAUUUUUUCAUGUUAAAUUGUAUUUUUGGAAUUUACCGCAGACAAAAAUGGCCCCUGGGCGUCACUUUGGACACCCCUGUCUCGUUGUACUGUUUCACCCGAUUGUGGCUUUUUUUGUUGUUGUUUUUUUGUCAAGUUUGUAACCACUGCUGCUCUUUAAGACAACAUUGCACUUGUUUGAAUAUCUCAUUUGGAAGAAAAAAAGAAAAUUCCUAUUUUUCUAUCUCCUUGCGGCUAGUGCUAUAUUGUGCGUAUUUGUUAAAAUAUAACUUUCACUGAAUGUUCUGUGGGGAGAAAAAAAAAAUCAAGGUUGACCAUUUGUACCACCUUUGUGCUGUUUUAACACGACUGCUUCAUAUCUGGCGUUCACUUAGUAACAUUGGAAGACUGCUGGGUGGAGCGCUAACCAUCUAGCAUAAAGACUUUCUUGGCACUAGUACCUGGGAAGCGGUUCUCGUCACUGUGAUUUGCUUAUUUGUCAUCAAAUAAGCGUAAUUGUUACACAGACACUAGUGAUGCUUUUACAUGGCAAUGUCAACAUGGAUGUGUUUUUAAAUGGAAAUGAAUACCCAAAUAAAUACAUGAUUGUGGCAUUGGAGAAAAUGGUUUUAAUGAUAUCAAUUAAAU